AUGAAGAGGUUGAUUGCUCAUGGCCAGCUCGGUUGCCCUCCCCGGAGUCUGGUGGCCAGAUCCCCUGCCCUGCCUCUGCCUGCAGUUUGCAACAAUGUUCUUCCCGGCUACAGGUAUUAUUCAGCCGAGAAACACGAUGACACCACACUAGGUGAAAUCAGGGAUAAAGCAAGAUCAACAGCCGAAGAGUUCCUGAGGGUGGCAAAGGAAAAGACCGACGAUGUCGCAGAGAGCGCAAAGGAAACGCUGCACGAGACAAAGGAAGCGGUGGUCGGGGAGUCGGAUGACGACAAGGAGAAGUUCAAAAGGAGGGUGGAGGAGAGGAGUUCACCUAACCCGUUUAUUGAUCAGGGCCUAGUAGGUUUAACCUCAUGGGCAGUGCUGCACUCAUGGAUGCCAUCUUCUUUGCUGUUUUUGCCACUGUACUUGAUCUCAGUUGGGCAGGGUGGAUACAUCCCUUCGUUGCAAGCAUUUGGAGCUGAUCAACUACUGAUUGAAGAUGACAUGGAAUCUCUGCCAGCUGAACAAAAGAACCAGGUGAAGAGCCUGUUCUUCCAGUGGUGGUAUUUUGGUAUAUGCAGUGGUAGCCUCUUGGGGAACUCCAUCAUGUCAUACAUCCAAGACACGUUUGGUUGGGGUCUCGGAUUUGCCAUUCCUUGCAGCGUCAUGGUCUUAUCUGUGGUCGCAUUCUGUUGCGGAGCUCUUCUGUAUAUGUGCAAGGAACGGAAUACUGGUAACAAGCCUUCAGAUGGCAUUUUCAGAGCACUGAAAGAAAUCGUUACAUGUCUCAUUACUCGGAAGGUCCGUUUACCGGCUAGAGAUGAUGAUCAUGACAUUUCGGAGCUAGAAUUAGAAGAGAAGGCGCUUAAAGAUGAGUUCACUGAUAUGGAGGAGGCAAAAGAUGACCAUGACACUGCACCUAGCGUCACCAAUGCCAUCCUGAGGCUUCUGCUGAUCUGGACAACGCUGCUGAUCUUCGCCGUCAUCUUUCAGCAGCCAAUGACGUCCUUCACCGAGCAAGGGACACUGAUGAACCACAAGGUCGGCAGCACCUUCGUGAUUCCUCCAGCAAUGCUCCAGAGCUCGACGACGAUGUCGGUGAUACUGCUCAUGCCGCUGUACGACAAGAUAUUCGUUCCUCUGAUGCGCGUGUUCACCCGGCAGGAGAAGGGGAUUACCGUGCUCCAGCGGAUCGGCAUCGGUAUGGUCCUCUCAGUCGCAGCCAUGGUCACCGCCUCCAUUGUCGAAUCGAAGCGGGUCCAUUUCGUCAGCGAAGGAGACGGCGCCACUCAUCAGCUGAGCAUAUUCUGGCUGCUCCCGCAGUACAUUCUACUGGGAAUAGCUGAUGUGUUCACGGUCGUCGGAAUGCAGUUAUUCUACACGCAGGUCCCCAGCACCAUGAGGACCAUCGGCAUCGCGCACUACCUCAGCGUCUUUGGCUUCGGGAACUUCCUCGGUGCCUUUCUGAUCGCGGUCCUCGAGACGACGACGGCGAGGACGGGAGAGGGACACUGCUGGUUCUCUGAUGAUCCACGGCAUGAACACCUGGACAAGUACUACUGGUUCCUGGCUUUUAUCGGCACCGUCAGUUUUGUGUUCUUCACGUAUCUGUGCAAGUACUACAGUGAACCGGAGGCACCUGGGAGAUAG